UACGAUACAGAUAAAGCUAUAGAACUUUAAAUGAUCCAGUGCAUCUUACGACUGGGCAAAUUACAAAAGAAAAGAUUAUUUUAGUUACUGUUAUCUAUUCAAAUUGCUUAAGAUAGGGUAAUUUGAAUAUUGCGCUUGGAAGUGAAUUUUUAGAGAUUUUAUUUAUUUAACAGUUGUCAUAAUAGCACUUGUGCGAUUUUUACAUUUAUCUAAAACGAUAAUUUGUAAAAUAUUGAAGUUAGAAUUCCGAGUUAAGGGUGUAUCAUCACGACAACGAACAGGGAUGUAAAUACAAAUUGGUUGACGUAGGCGAAUCAAAGUUCCGAAAUUUCGUAAUGAUUCUAGAACAGUAAUGAUUUUCCGCAUUAAAAUAAUAUUUACCGGAAGGAAAUCGACACCUGCCUCUUAAAUAUAAAGAGGUACUACACCCAUACUAUAUGAUAAUUAUCAGAUACAAGUUAAUUCGAAUGGACAAAUAAAAUAUUUGAAUAGCAUAUAGUAUACUUUCUUCAACAAGAUAUUAUAAAAACGGGAAACUAAACUCUGCUUUCAUUGGCUAGCGUUAAUAGUAGAUAUAAGGAUGACAUUGUGAAGAUACAAGUAUAUUUGGAUUUUAUUUCACUCACUUAUACUUAUAUAACUUUUGCACCGAAAUGGAUAUUAAAGUGUGGUCAACGUGUAUUGUAUUUGUAUAUUUUAUCAGCGUAAAUGGAGAACAAACCUUAAUGAUGAGAGGACCAGAAUCCAAAAUACCUCCGACAUUAGCAUGUGGAGGGGUUGAUCUAGUUUUCCUCGUAGAUACCUCAAGAAGUAUUUGGGAACUUGACUUCACACGUCAGUUGGACUUUAUAGAAAGAGUUGUUGGCAAGUUCGACAUCGGACCUGGACGAAAGCAAACAAGAGUUGGUGUGAUACUGUAUGCACAAACAUUUUGGGUACGCUUUUACUUACGUUCACAUAUGGAUCUUCCAUCUUUAAGGGCAGCAAUAAGAAGAAUACCCCAUAGACAUGGAUCAAAAACCAGAACAGAGAAAGCGUUGAGGUUUUUACGAACUCAUAUGUUUAAAAAGUGGUAUGGCGGAAGAAGCAACACUACUCACGUGGCCAUUAUCAUUAGUGAUGGUAGAUCUCAAGACCGAAGGGCAACCCGAAGAGAAGCAACGAAAGUGAAAGAGGCAGGGGUUAAACUUUUUACGAUAGGUGUGGGAAAAAGAGCAGAUAUUGAAGAACUUAAAGAAAUAGCUAGUGAUCCAGAUGAGCAUUUUGUAUUCCAAGUCGGGGAUUUUAAGGCACUGGAUGGACUGAACUACAAACUUCCUACAAGUACAUGCGUUGACAUUCUUGAACAAGCUGGUGCCAUCAGCACGAAGACAACACCACCACCAACAACAUCAACAACAAGCCCUGCAACUACACUUCCAUCUGUUUUACUGCUACAGCCUAUGACUUAUUUGACUCUGCAGGAGGCAAAUCGAGCAUCUCCAACAUUGCAGAAAGGUCAAGGGCAAAACAGCACCGAAUCUCCUAAAGUGUUAUGGGAUAUUUUAACUCGGUCGCCUCAAGUAGAGAGGUAUCUUACUACAACUUCUAGUGUAAUAGAUGAGACAAUAUCAGAAGCAACAAAUAGUACGGCCAAAGACGAAGACGAAAUUAUUGACCAAAAUAAUAUCCAGCCUGGUUCACAAGAUCACCAAAGAACAAUUUUACUAUCGAAUGAAAAGUCAGAGCAAGCGUUUGCUACGUUACCUACGUUACAGGGUAUAAGCACAUCUCCGGAUAAUAUACAUCAGCAAAUUUCAGGACUGUUUGGAGAAAAUAGCAAUAACACUGCAGUGCAGUGGAAUGGCAAUAACGAAGGUCCUUUUCAGGGACAAAGGCAGACCACUCCAUUACCUAUUGAGAUUCAAAAAGGCUUAGCAGCCUACUCAUUAAAACCUAUAACGGAAGAUCAAGCUCAGAUUAUGUCAAACUACGUGCUUAGAGAUGUACCGGCACAAUCAUACUGCGAUGGCAAAGACGCCGACAUCUAUUUUGUGUUGGACGCUUCAAAUAGCAUCUGGCCGGAAGAUUUCAAACAGCAAUUGGCCUUUGUCAACAGCGUUAUAGACAUUUUAGACGUCACUCAUGGCAACACAAGAGUUGGUGUGGUCGUAUAUAGUACCACGAUUCAUCCAAUAGUCAUGAUCAAUUCUGGGUUUUCCAAAUCGCAAAUCAAACGUCAAGUAAACGCCAUUCAGUACGUCAGUGGAAGAACCAAUACAUCUGAUUCCCUUCGUUAUAUACGACAGUAUGGCUUCGGGCCUGGACUAACCAGAGAAGGGGCUGUGAAAUUAGCUAUUGUUUUGACAGAUGGCGUAUCAAGAAGGCCUCUUGAGACGAAAAAACAAUCAAAUUUAUGCCGGGAAGCUGGAAUACACCUUUUUGCUGUAGGAAUAGGUAAAAAUGUGGAUCAGACUGAACUAAAAAGAAUAGCCAAUGAUCCUGACCAGAAGUUCAUGUUCCAUGUAGAUUCGCAUGCAGCUCUUAGUACUAUUAAAGAUUUCUUGGCAAUCACAGCUUGUAGUGUUGCUCCUGACCAGCCUAGGAAUGUACCAGUGUGUAAUGACCUUGGUCCUUUGGAUGUUUUGUUUUCUUAUGAUUCCUUUGCCCUCGGAAGUAGAAAGUCUCAAAUGAUAAAUUUUUUCAUCCAUGAUGUUUUGAACAGCCUCAAUUUCUCAAACGGAAAUUUACAGAUCGGGCGAUUGACUGAUAACUGUCCAGAAAUUACAGACAUUCCGAUUUCCGCUGGCAAAAACUUAUCCGCUUUUGCAAGCAUUAAUUAUCCGGGAGUACCAAACUUGUUGAGGAAGAUGAAGUCAGGUUUUUCAAACCGCGAAGGUGCCAAGAAGCUAGGAGUUUUAUUUGUCGAUGAUAGUACAGAGAGUAUUGAAAAUGCUGUUCGUGUGAUUAAAGACGGGAUUGAUUAUAAACUAAUGGUUAUUGGAAUCGGAGACCAGCAGGUUACGGAUUCGGCUGGAGAUCUGUGUUCAUACCCUAAGCAUGACUACUUUUUGCAAGUACCGAGAUACUCGAACUUGUUACGAGCUAGAUCAAAGUUGCUAGACAAACUAUGCACUACGAUGAUAGCAGCUGGAUAAUAGGUGUUCUACUUGUAAAAGCAAACAUGUGAUUAUAUAGUAAUUUUAUCUAUUUUUGUAAAAAAAUGUAAAUAGCUUGUUUUUUACGUAAGAGGAAGAUAAAGAUAUCUACCAACAAGACAAUCAAAGAUGUAAACAUUAUGGUUUCUACGUUGAUGUACAUAUUCAUACAUUAAAUUUAUAGGACAGUCGUUGAUUUAUCAGACAAUGCCUUGAAAUGUAUAAAAAUACAAAUACCUCUGCAAUUGGGAUCGUCACAGUCACACAUCACAGCACAGAGAGAUCAAAUAAUAAGUUAAAAAAAAAGUCAGACUUUAUAAACGUUUAAACAUGGUUUGGAUAAACUAGUUUUGGGAUUAUAAACCACCCCUAUUCUAACGCUUUUGUGUUCGAUGUAUGAUAACGCUGACUAAUAGAACUGGUUUUUUUCUUUUAACUGGGACGAAAUAUUGUUACAUUUGAAUAAUAAAAAUGUUUUUAAUCAUAAAAUCCAUAUUUCUCUUGAUUUUGAUUUUUGAUAUGCAUAGUAGCUCUGAAUUUAAUAUGACCUUCUGAUAUCAAUAAUAUUUUAUUUGUACUUGAUGAUACAAAAAUUACUCCGAUCAAGCAAAACCUUAAGUUGAAAUCCUGAUGUAAUGACGUAACAGGUAAUUCCCGUACCAAUUAUAAAUUGUUAACAUACUGAAAGACAAUAUGUGCAACUCAGAACAAAGACCAAAACUAUUUGAAUAUACAAUUUCAAAGAUUUGAAUAUACAAUUUCAAAGAUUUGAAUAUACAAUUUCAAAGAUUUGAAUAUACAAUUUCAAAGAUUAAUAAGCUUAUAAUUAUUCUGAAUUUAUAAGUUAAAUGUAUUGAAAUUCAAAUCAAGGAAAUUCAAGUAAUUUAUUUUCAGAUUUACUGACCUCAUCGGGCGUAACUGAAAAAAAACUACGUAAUUGAAGGAUGUUCCAUUAAAAAUGCAAAAUAAGGUAGUUUGUAAUACCGAUUUUGAAUCACCAAAUUCAUAACCCCAAAAAAAGCGGAAAUCUUAUAGGUUUUCUAAGAGACUAAAUGAUUUGUGCUUUUAGAAUUUGCCAUUAUGCGCGUCUUUCAACACAGCUAAACUUAUGUUUUCAUAUGCAAAAAACGGUCACAUUAUAUAUAAACAGAUGAAAUAUUCCUGGGGAAAAGUAAAAUAUACGGAAACGUCGCAUAAAAAAUGAGCAAUUGAAAUAUGUCCGAGGCAUCAAUUUCUUACAAAAUGAAUAGUAAGCAAUGACGAAUGUCAAAUUGUUCAAAAAAUGUAGAGAAGCAAAACAAAUCAAAGUACUGAAGUAUUGUGAACAUCGGAUGAUCGCAAGUUCUUGUGGAUGGUCACAAGCACUUAUCUCCGAAAAAAAAAAUCACAUCUCUAUACCUGAAAGUGAGGUUAAGGUACAUAGAUAUAUUUUUUUCUGAGACAAGUUCGUUCGUGGAUGAUGAAUAAAUGACAGGGAAUUCAACCUCACCGUAAUAACUAUUAUAUUGUAGUGAUACAAAUUAGUAUACUCUGGUUUGUUGUUAUAUAUUAUUUUAAUAUUUGUAUAUAAUAGUUACAUGUAUAUAUAAAUUUCAUUCAUUUGUAUAUCAUUCUAUUCUACUAUUCUAAUAAUUUUCGGUAUUCUUGAUUUGUUAUUGAUAUGUAUAUUUCUCGCGACAAAACAUUUCCAUAUCAUUUAUCUAUGUUCUUAAAAAUUAUUUUCAUAAAUAUUUAUAUUAUAACAAGCGAUAAGGAAUGUUAUUUUGCGUUCGGUUAUCAGUCAAAAACGAAAGUCACGUGGGUAGAAAUGUCUGUGGCAACCAUUCACGGGAAUGCCCUCACGGUCAUCCGAUGUAAAAAUCGUUAUUCGAUAUUUACGAAAGAAUCUUGGGUUGUUCGGAGGUCGAUUCAAACCAAUUUUUCUAUGAUUCAGUAUGGAAUCAAAAUCAAAUGUGUGGAACUUUAUAGUAAUUAAGGAUACAUAUACAAAAUAAACAUAGAAUGGAAACUUUUAUCUGGAUCUUAAAUAAACGUAGAUGAUGAAACUGUCAAAAUAGGUGCAGUGUGGGUACCCUUACGUUACAAUUGUAGUAAGUCCUUGUCUAGGAAACGCCCGAUCAGGUAAAAUAAGUUAGGUAAUACGAAUAUUUAUUCAGUGUAUUGUACUUUAAUAACAUACCUAAUUGUAUUAAUAUGUUUAUGUAUACAUGUAUAUAUGAUGGUGUGUUUCAAGAUUGUUGUUGCAUAAUGUUUUGCUUAAUCAACUGCAAUUGUGAAAUAUGAUGACAGCACAGAUUUCCUGUAUUAAAAACCUGUGCAAAGUC